AUGAUUGAACUUUAUGUUUGGGGAGCUUGUUGGGACCUCCCUUCUGUUGAUUCCGGAUGUCUUGCUGUUAUUACAUAUCUACAAAUAUUCGCUGCUGACGAUUGGGGUCUUAUCAAGUGCAAUAAUCCCGCUUUAUCACCCACAGGAGAAUUACCACUUUUGAAGGAUGGAACGGAAUGGUUUGCCGGUUUGGAAAACAUUAUUAAAUAUUUGAAAAAGAAGGAAAUAAAUGGUGAACAACAUUUGACAGUCAAGCAAAAAGCGGAGAGUCUUGCAUUUUUGUCACUUUUGCAAGACACUAUAUAUAAUGCCCUUUUAUUUUCUUGGUAUGGCGAUUUGAAAAAUUUUGUCCAAGUGAUUAGACCAAUGUACGGGAAACUACUUCCUCUUAGCGUACGAUAUAUUUUGCCGAUCCAGAUGCGGAACGUUGCCGAAGCGCGAUUGGAAAAAUAUGGCGCAUUCGAAAGUUUACAUGAGGUUGACGAAAAUCAUAAGAUUUAUCAAAUUGCAAGAAGAUCUUAUAAAGCACUUUCCGAGAAACUAGGGGAGAAAGACUACUUCUUUGGAAGUUCACCAACAACUUUAGAUGCUAUCGUAUACGGAUAUUUAGCCCUUCACUUAUAUCCAGAGCUUCCCAGCCCGAUCUUAUCCGUUAUCCUCAAAACAGAGUAUUCAGGAUUAUCACGAUUCUGUGACCGAAUGAAGUCAUCACAAAUCUUACAAACACCGCUUAAAAUUCUACCAGAUUUCAGUCUUCCCUCAUUGUUUACAGGUUUUCUAUUAUCGCGUCGAAUAUGGUUUAUUAACAGAUAUUGGAAACCUGUUAAAUCGGAUAAAUCAAAAGUGGAGAAAUCACCUGCUCAAAUAGAUUUUGAGAGAAAGAGAACCAUUGCUAUUUGUGGAGCUAUAAUAUUUAUGACUGUUUAUGUGAUUUGGAACGGAAUUAUUACUAUAGAGAUUGUAGCUGACUCGAAAAAAGAAGAGGAGAUUGAAAAUCGUCACGAGGAUAACGCGGACGGUUCAGAAAAUGAUGAUUUUGAUGAUGAUGAUUUUGAUGAUGACGAUUUUGAUGAUGAGUUUGAUGUGUAA